GCGCCGAGGAGAGAAGGUUGUACUCGUGCUGUGCUGCGAUGGGUCGCAGGAAAGCGCAGGGUGGCGGGUCUCUGGGCCGGGUCCUUAUCCGUCAUCAGACUCAGCGGAACCGUGGGCAUCGACCGACCGACGCUUGGUUGCACACCAGUGACCUCAAUGAUGGCUAUGACUGGGGCCGUCUUAAUCUUCAGUCAGUCACUGAACAAAGCUCUCUUGAUGACUUUCUUGCAACUGCUGAACUUGCGGGAACAGAGUUUGUAGCUGAGAAGCUUAAUAUUAAGUUUGUGCUCCCUGAAGCUAGAACUGGACUGCUAUCUUUCGAAGAGAGCCAGAGAAUUAAGAAACUCCAUGAAGAAAACAGACAGUUCUUGUGUAUACCAAGGAGACCAACGUGGGACAACAAAACUAGCCCAGAAGAACUCAAGCAGGCAGAAAAAGAUAACUUCCUAAAAUGGAGACGUCAACUUGUCCGGCUAGAAGAGGAACAAAAGUUGAUAUUGACUCCAUUUGAAAGAAAUUUGGACUUUUGGCGCCAGCUCUGGAGGGUCAUUGAGAGAAGUGAUAUUGUGGUCCAGAUAGUAGAUGCUCGAAACCCACUCUUGUUUAGAUGUGAGGAUUUGGAGUGUUACGUUAAAGAAAUCAGUACUGCCAAGGAGAACAUUAUUCUCAUAAACAAGGCUGACUUGUUGACAGCUGAGCAGCGGAGUGCCUGGGCCACGUACUUCGAAAAAGAAGGUGUGAAGGUUAUUUUCUGGUCAGCUUUAGCUGAAACCGGUCACCUAACUGAUGAUACUAAGGAACGAGUAGACAGCGUUGUUGAAGAAGCACUCGCAGCUGAGCGUGCGGUUACACCCAGUGGCGCCGACCGUCCUCCAGGCAGGGACCCCGUUGCCCUUAGCGAAGGCCCCAUGAGUGGUGAAGACGACAGCGAGUACGAGGACUGUCGGGAGGAGGAGGAGGAGGAAGACUGGCAGACGUGUUCGGAAGAGGAGAGCGGCCCUGCGAAGGAGGCCUCUGCUCGGGACUGGAAAGAACACAGUGCUGUGGGUGCUGAGGCUCAGGGCACGCAGACCCCUGAGAGGCAGCAGAUACACAAUUUGAGCCAUCUGGUGUCAAAGCGGGAGUUACUGGAGCUCCUCAGGCAGCUCCACACUGGCAGGAAGGUGAAGGAUGGGGAGCUCACUGUUGGGCUGGUGGGCUACCCUAAUGUGGGUAAGAGUUCAACCAUCAACACCAUCAUGGGCAACAAGAAAGUGUCUGUGUCAGCCACACCUGGUCACACCAAGCAUUUCCAGACUCUGUACGUGGAGCCUGGCCUCUGCCUGUGUGACUGCCCGGGCCUGGUGAUGCCGUCUUUUGUGUCUACUAAGGCAGAGAUGAUUUGCAAUGGAAUCCUCCCAAUUGACCAGAUGAGAGAUCAUGUGCCUCCUGUCUCACUAGUUUGCCAGAAUAUUCCACGACAUGUUUUGGAAGCCACCUAUGGCAUCAAUAUCAUACAGCCUAGAGAAGAUGAUGACCCCCAUCGACCUCCAACCUCAGAAGAACUGUUGGUGGCAUAUGGACAUAUGCGAGGAUUCAUGACGGCUCAUGGACAGCCAGACCAGCCCCGAUCUGCACGCUAUAUCCUAAAGGAUUAUGUCAGAGGGAAACUGCUUUACUGCCAUCCUCCCCCUGGAAGAGAUCCUGUGACGUUUCAGCAUCAGCACCAGCAACUCCUGGAGAACAAAACAAAGGGUGGUGAAAGUAAAAUGCAGCAGGGUGGAAAUCAAAAGGCAAAGCAGAUUGAAAAUAUAGUUGACAAAACUUUUUUCCAUCAAGAGAAUGUGAGAGCUUUGACCAAAGGAGUCCAGGCCGUGAUGGGUUACAAGCCCGGGAGUGGCCUGGUGACUGCAGCUACUGUGAGUGCUGAGAAUGGGGUCGGGAAGCCGUGGAAGAAACACGGCAACAGAAAUAAAAAAGAGAAAAGUCGGAGGCUCUACAAGCACCUGGCUAUGUGAACUUGGCUAGAUAGAACGGCACCCGAGCUGCGUGGAUGGACGAGAACAGAAGCUACUGCUGCUGCCUGGGGACUUUCUAGAUACCAGCAUGUGGAGCAGUCACACUCAGCAGUCUUGACAUUGAGACUAAAAUAGUCAUUGUGAAGCCCCAGAAACCUGCUUCUGUAGAAAAUUGAACUUAAGGGAGCGAUUGAUGUAAAUGUGUGUAAACACAAAUGCAUCCUAAUUUUGAUGUUCUUGAAAAUAAACUAAAGUUGUCCCUA